UUUACGCUGCAGCACUCAGCUGAUCGAGGAUCUGUCUCGGAGCCGCUCGGCAGCAUCAUGGACUUCAACGUGAAGAAACUGGCCUCGGACGCCGGAGUGUUCUUCACCAGGGCCGUGCAGUUCACAGAGGAGAAACUGGGUCAGGCUGAGAGAACCGAGCUGGACCAACACCUGGAGAACCUCCUCACUCGAGCUGAUGGAACCAAGAACUGGACCGAGAAGAUCCUGAGACAAACGGAGGUGCUGCUGCAGCCGAACCCAAUGGAUCACACAGGUUCUCGAAUCGAAGAGUUUAUCUACGACAAACUGGACAAGAAGCUUCCAUCCAGGACGACCAACGCAGAGCUGCUGGGACAACACAUGCUGGACGCUGCACAGGAGUUUGGUCCAGAGACGCCGUACGGUAGCACCCUGGUCAUAGUGGGAGAGUACCAGAAGAAACUGGGAGGAGCCGAGCGUGACUUCCUCCAGACCUCAGCCGCCUCCUUCCUCACUCCUCUACGUAACUUCCUGGAAGGCGACUGGAGGACGAUCUCAAAAGAGAGGAAGCUUCUGGACAAUCGACGUCUGGAUCUGGACGUCUGCAAAGCCCGUCUGAAGAAAGCCAAGCUGGCCGAAGCUAAAGCUGCAGCUGCACCUGAUUUCCAGGAGACGAGGCCUCGAAACUACGUCCUCUCUGCCAGCGCGUCAGCGCUGCUGAGCGAGGAGGUGGAUAAAGCAGAGCACGAGCUGCGCGUCGCUCAGACCGAGUUCGACCGACAGGCUGAGGUCACUCGCCUGCUGCUGGAAGGAAUCAGCAGCACACAUCUCAACCACCAGAGAUGUCUGCAGGAUUUUGCGGAGGCUCAGGCGACGUACUACGCUCAGUGUCACCACCACAUGGUGGAGCUGCAGCAGGAGCUCCACAGAUGCACCAGCGCCCCCCAUUCCUCCGCCUUCCUGUCUGGCCCAGCAUCUCCGGGGGGGGCAGGGUCCACUGGCCAGAACGUGGUGGGCACGCUGGCGGUGGAACAGAGUCAGUUCCCAGUCACAGGAACCAGAAAGGCCAAGGUCCUCUAUGACUACGACGGCCAUGGUGUCAGCGAGCUGUCCCUCCUGGCUGACGAGGAAACUGGAAAUCUCUGUGCAGGAGCCUUUCCCAGUCUGCGUCACCACUCCUCAUUGUUACCUUCAUGGCUGAUAAAUGCUCCUGUCAAUAGUGUCUGGAGUCUCCUCUCUGUCCAGCUUCAAUAGAAGACCAGGAGCAGAAUCCAGACAUUCCCCAUCCUGUCUUUUCCUCUGAAGCACAGGAAGCAACAUGUCUCAGUGUCUCCCACCACCUGAACAUUAACCCUGACAAGACCCAACUACUUUUCCUUUCAGGGAAAGGCUCCUCCUCCCCCCCCCCCCCCACAACACACAUGUAGGAACCUGGGACAGUCGACUCUCCCUCUCUGCCAACAUUACUGUAACAACACAUUCCUGUAGAUUCAUACUGUAUAACAACAAGCUCCUCAGCUGCUGUAGAGACAACACUUGUGUUUCACCCCAAAGAGUCAAAGCACCAGCGUUAGAUUCAAAUCAGCGUUUGAGAAGUUGAGUCGGAGCCGAAUGCAGCCCUGGCCUUGUGAGGGGGGGGGGGAGGACAGAAACAUCAUUAAAGAUUCAAAGAUCCUCACAGUUUGGAUCUGAAUUUGAUUUCUGUCUGCACCAUGUAAAAGAUGUGCAGGUUUAUCCGAGUUUUCGUCCAACAACAGAGACGAUGGAGGAAACUGUAUAGUCAAGAAAAUGAAUCAGAGGGAGUGCAGGAGUCGGAGGAGUGAGGUGAGCUCCUCAGCUCCUGGACAAACAGGUAGAACUCCUCUUCUGGACGUGGGAAAGGAGUCGAUCGCCUGUUUGAGCACGUCUGCACACGUUCACCUGCGUGCACCAGCCUGGAGCUGCUGGUAUAAUGCAUUUCAUAACUCAGCGUCACACUAGUUCUAACUGUAAUAAUAUUAACCCUCAACAGCCCCUUGAAAAGCGAGGACUAGGUUAACUUUGGAAAAUGUAACUUCUCUCAGGGUUCCUACGGUCAUGAAAAACCUGGAAAAGUCAUGGAAUUGUUAAAUGUUAUCUCCAGGCCUGGAAAAGUGCUUGAAAAAAAUUAAAGAAGUCAUGGAAAUUUGUUAUAUUCAUAUUUUCAUGUCCUUCAUUUACACUGAGUUUUAAAUAAUUCAUACGCUUUUAGAAGAAAUACUCUCAAAACACAAGCAGGCAAACGCUCUCAUACUCAUUGUGGUAAAACGCACUCUGCCAGGGAAGUGUAGAUUUAACCAAAGGACAUGUGAAGGGUCACAACAGACAAAGACCUCAAUCCAACUAUGGUCUCAUUCAUUUGUGUCAUUGAAGGUUUACUGUCUGCUUUGGAAUUCUCACUGUUUUACUUAAAUCGUAAAUGUUGUUCCUUUUUCAUGUAACCACUGAGAUUCCACAAAAUGUUUAGUCAUGGAAAUUUGGUUUCAGGUUAUGAAAGUCAUGAAAAUCCAUUAGUCAAAAUGUGAAUGAACCCUGUUCUCUAAAAACAUCUUCCUUGAUUUCUGUUUGUUUGUUUGUUU